AGCAUCGAAAUAUGCAACCGGAAAAAAAAACAUUACCUUAUUUUCAAGUCACGAAAUUUUGCCAACUAUGGUUGAAAGUGUAAUAGAGUUAUUAAUUAUUCGAUGAAAAAAAUUGCGUAUACAAUACUCGCCUAAAAAAUCAUGUGUCGUUACGCGUAGAAGCCACAUGGUCGCAAAUGCGCCAUUCCUUUUCGUUCUUUUAAUUCCCCCUUUUACUUUCCUUUGCAACAUGGGAGUGGGUAUAAUAUUCUAUCAUCAUCUUCAUCUUCUUCUUCUUCUUCUUCAGCUAGGUUGAAACUUUACAAAGUGCGCGCGCGUGCGUGCGUUUGUGUGUGUGUGUUCUCUUCUACUGUUAAUUCUUCAACCUCCAUAGUUUGUGCAGCUGGUAAAGAAAGGAGAUCGAUCGAAUUCAGAUCAAUUUUAAUGAAGCAAGUAGAAUAAGCAUGACAAUGAAUCCGAAAGAAAAAGAUUUCCUCGCAAAGAAAGAAUUAUGCGGCGACGGAAACAACAAAAAAAUCAUCGCUACUAGUACUAUACCAUCUUCAUCGAGACAAUGGUCCUCGACUCACAGAAACCCAAGAAUCGUACGUGUCUCCCGUGCUUUCGGAGGCAAAGACAGACACAGCAAAGUGUGCACCGUUCGAGGAUUGAGAGAUCGACGGAUCAGAUUAUCCGUACCUACAGCUAUCCAGCUCUACGACCUCCAAGACCGGCUCGGCUUGAGCCAGCCGAGCAAAGUCGUCGAUUGGCUAAUCGAAGCCACCAUGAAUGAUAUCGACAAGCUCCCUCCUCUCCCUAUGUUGCCCACAAACUUCCCUCAAUUCCACCAUCAACCAAUUACUAUCGACAACCAAUCGUCGGCUAACAACACUACCAACCAAUCCUCUCUAUCCCAUUUCCUCGCCUCGAAUUAUCCGUUCGCAAGGCUCGACAAAGAGCGCGAUCAAGAAAAUCAAGAAAACGAUAUCCAAGAGGGUUUUGGGGGAAUAUUUGCACAGAAUCUUUUUCCGUUGACCAAUAUCAACAGUCAAUCUUCUUUCGCGAAUUUGCCGUUCAAUAACGCGUAUAAUUUCCAUUGGGAUCCGGCGAGUUUAUCUUUGUCGCAAUUCGGAGGAGGGUAUUCUUUUACGACGAAUCAAACGGCUGUUGAUGAAGAAAACAAUAAUAACAAUCUUUCGAGUAAUAAUUCUCAGCUGUACUUCUGCCCUUCGGCAUCGAACAUAGUACCUUCCGUUAUACCGAAUAAUUCCCGAACGCAUCGUACAUGAUGAAAACCCUACUUCGUCGUCGUUAAUGGAUAAUAUCCACCAAAACCAACUUCUUCCCACAGCCCUUCAUCUGAAGAACUUCCCUAUGAAUGUGGGAAACGACGAAAACGAAAGGCCCGGGAAAAACGACAGGAGUUAAUGUUUCUUGAAGACAGUGAGAUUUGAUCUUCUUACAUGUUUUGGAAGAGACAAAGGGUUUUCUGAUCAUGGUAUUGUUGUUAUUAUUGCAGCUUCAGAGAUGAUUGGAAUGCCAUAUAGUAAGGGAUUCUUGAUUCUUUCUGCAUUUUAUAUUUAUAUUUUUAUAUUUAUAUACCGAGUGAUAUUAUUUUUGCAAGAGACAUAUAUAUUUAUAUUUAUUACACUGGAAAUGUGUGGUUAAUAUAUUUAGUAUACUUGUAUAUGUACUUACAUAAAGUUACAUUUGUCAGGUUUUAAUAUAUGUUAUGAUAUAUUGUUUGGAAUAA